GACAAGGUUGGUUUUUAUUAUCUUAUGGCCACACUGAACUCUUCUUGAUUGAGUCAAUUUUGUGUUAUUUCUUUAAACAAUAAAUAUGAAGAUUACUUGCCUUUUCCUUAUCUCGGCUUUCGUGGCUGUCGCCAUGGCUGAGCCAAAGGUUACCAUUGGGGUCAAGAAACGCGUAGAGAACUGCACCCGUAAGGCCAAAAGCGGUGACUUGGUACACGUCCAUUAUAAAGGAUCUUUGCAAGAUGGCACGGAGUUCGACAGCAGUCACAAGCGCGGCACACCCUUCUCCUUCACUCUGGGCGCCAAGCAGGUGAUUAAGGGCUGGGACCAAGGACUCCUGGGAAUGUGCGAGGGCGAACAGCGAAAGCUGACGAUUCCGCCGGAAUUGGGAUACGGAUCAACUGGUGCCGGUGGCGGAAAGAUUCCGCCUAACGCAGUGCUUAUUUUCGACGUGGAGAUGGUGAAAAUAGAACCGCGCGCUGGAUCCGAAGAGCUGUAGAGAAGUAGAGAAGUGGCAUUCCAUUAUAAGCUUACUUUUUUAUUUCAAAAAACAAAUUUGAUGUAACUCUUUUUAUACCCUUGCAGAGGGUAUUAUAAUUUUGGUCAAAAGUGUGCAACGCAGUGAAGGAGACAUCUCCGACCCUAUAAAGUAUAUAUAUUCUUGAUCAGGAUCACCUCCUGAGUCGAUAUGAGCAUGUCCGUCUGUCCGUCUGUCCGUCUGUCCGUUUCUACGCAAACUAGUCUCUCAGUUUUAAAGCUAUCGAGUUGAAACUUUGCACACACCCUUCUUUCCUUUGCAGGCAGUAUAUAAGUCGGAACGGCCGGGAUCGGUCGACUAUAUCCUAUAGCUGCCAUAUAACUGAUUGAUCGGAAAUGCCAUAACUUUGGUGUUUUUUAAGUUAGAGGGUUGGGACUUUCCACACAUGUUAUAUUUGACCAAAAUAUCUUGUGUGCAAAAUUUCAUAAGGAUCGGCCGACUAUAUCCUAUAGCUGUCAUAGAACGAUCGAAAUUGGCAUAACUUUGGUGUUUUUUAAGUUAGAAAGAUGGGAUUUGGUACAGAUUACUCUUUUGGCAAAAUAAUUCGAUAUGCCAAAUUUCAUAAGGAUCGGCCGACUAUAUACGAUCCGCUAUAUAUCUAAUAAUAUAAGAUGCGUGGCGCCACCUAGCGGACUGCGACUGAACUGCAAGGGUAUAUCAACUUCGGCUCCGCCCGAAGUUAGCUUUCCUUUCUUGUUUUGUAAAAAUUUCUGUAAACGCAUGUAAGAAAUGAAUAUAUUUAAGGGUGAAUAAAAUGAAGCCCUUCGAUUCCAACUCCCAUUAAUAAAAUAAGCAAUUCAAAUUUCAUUUACUAAA